GAGUCAGCAAGCGUAUCAACAGUAAAUUUGUCCAGUUAUCUUACUUACACACAGUGCUAAUCAUGCACUCAGUUUACUGAAGUUUUUUAGUGAAGGUUUACAAUUCAGAAUGGUGCCUGCACUAUUUGUGAUAAAUUUACUGAACAUGCACUUAACAUCGACGUUUUGUAAUCCCACGGGCGAACUACUAGGGAAUAGUUUUCCACCACCAGACGUUCAAAUUAUCAUGGGGACGCAAUAUACAAAAACUGAGCAAAUGGUUAUGCCCUUAAUUCCAGGGAGCCCCCAGGGGUAUUUACCAUAUCCUGUUCCAACCUGGAGAGCUUCAGCGUAUCUGAUGUCUGAGUCAGGGGACGAAACAUUGAGAGGAGUUGUCUUAUUUCAUCAGUUCAGUCCUAGCCAUUUCAUUCAGGUCACGGUUAACUUAACAGGGAUGCCACCGGGAAAGCAUGCUAUACAUAUCCAUUCUUUUGGAGACAUAAGUCGAGGAUGUCAAUCAACUGGAACGCAUAUGCCGAGUAACUUUGUGCGUUCGUUUAACGUAGGGAAUAUUGAAGCAAAAGACGACGGUAUCGUUUCGGUAAUAUUUUACAGCCCUUAUCUCAUCAUGUUUGGGUUCAACGGCAUAGUAGGUCGAUCUGUAGUGAUCCAUUCAAACCCAAUAGACCAGAGUCGUCAUCCAGCUGUAUUCUCAUCAACUAUUAUGAUGGUGCCGGUAAAUAAAAUGCCGCAUCCAAGUGAAGAAAACAUACUAGGUAAGCCACUGAUGUGUGGUGUAAUCACAGUAACGAACAAUCGCGAAAAAUAAAAUGUGUUUAUAUAUGCAAAUGUAGAUAUUUAUUUCUAGACUUAUUUGAUAAAUAAAAACUGAAAUUAAACUAGAA